CUGUGUUUAAAAAAAAACAAAAAAAAAAUUGUCCUUUGGUCUUUUUUAAAUCUUUCUCCUCCCACCUCAAAAAUGCACCCUAGUUUUGAUGUUCACCCCAGGGGGGGACAAUAGCAAUUUAUUGUCACGUGUAUUUAAAAAAAACUGAAAAGUUUUCUGAGUCACCAUAUAAGUCACGAUAACAAAACUAAAGUAAAAGUGCAUCACUGUUAAAUUGACGACUCCUGGGUUCAAGGUAUGCUGGAAAAUCAGGCCGAAACUGCCCUGCGGGGUGGGUUGAGAACACCGUGCUGGUCUCAGACUGCUUCACUAUGCCACGACUAGACCUCCAUGCUGCCUCAUCAGAAGACAUAGAAGCCGCCUCCAUAGCAAAGACGAGACAUUUGUGCCGAGACUAGACCGUCACGUCAAUACCUGGAAGCUCCCAAAUAAGACUUCCAUGAUGAGACAAGCACGCAACUCCAAACCAAUUUUGUCCUUCCUGGAUGAGACUGUCCUUUUGGGUGUCAGGCCUAUACCGCUGUUUUGUGCUGUUGGAAGCCCUGGCGCUGGGCUUGCGCCAGGAGAAGACAUCUUCUGCCAAAGUUAUUGAAAGAUGCCGACUGCAGUGAAUCUCGAUAGCUUGAAGAAUGUCAGCUCAGUUGCGGGCUAGCUCUACGAACUCUGAAGAUGAGCUGGAAUUUGGAACACUUGAUUCAAGUUCUGAUAAAAUGGAAACAUUUAAAAAAGUUCCGGAUCAGCUAGAAAACCGACUCAGCGUCAAAGAUAUAAUGAAAAUACAGAAGGCUUUCAUGACACCAAAUUUUGAAGAAUUUGUUGCACUUAAUAGGAAGAGCUUUAUUGACAAUAUGUUCAUAGCUCUUGGAUAUGGCAUUGAAGAAGAGUAUGGAGCUCUGUUUGACAGAAUUGACGUAGCGCGAGAUGGCUUUGUUGACUGGAACAAAGUGACAACAUUCAUGCUGUUAGAACUUUACGAAAACGACGAGAGAACAAAAUCAUCACUUGUUCCUCAGUGGAAAGAAAUCAAAUUUCUUCCAGCCCACCAUAAGGAACCUAUUCAAAGUAUAGUCUACCUGAAGAAUUCACAUCGCUACCUGAGUUUGAGUAAGGAAGGUUGGAUGAAUGUUUGGGGUGAGAAUUUGAGGCUACAGCAAACUCUACGAGUUGCCACAGAUUCCGUAAGAUUGCGGGAUCUCUGGGUUACAAGUAUGGUCUCCAUGACAAAUGUAAAUAAGGUGGCAGUUGCAUUUACAAGUAAGGAGAUUUGCUUUUAUGACCUUAAUUCCAAAGAUGAAUUUUUCUGUCAAUAUAAACUUCAUGGAAUAUGCAACACUCUGAUUUCCAUGCACUAUUGGUUUAACUCAAAAGAUGGAAAUGAAGCAGUUCUCACCUUUGGUGACGUUUGUGGGGAGGUCAAUGCUAUUUGCUUUAUCACAGCAUUAAUUUCACUUUUCGAAAGACAAGCCAAUUCAACAGAUGAGCAAGAGGCCACUGUAGCUAUUACUUGGCAAGAGUUGGUUAAAGGAAACCACAAAUGCUGUUUCACUUUACAACACAAAGAACACAAUGAAGAAUGGGUCAGACAAGUACAAUACUGUUCUAAUUUGGAAGCUUUCAUUUCCUGUGCUACAACUAAUCUGAAUGCAUUAGUCGUGGGCUGGAAAGAAAAAGGAACAAGCCCAAUGAAAACCACAUCCUUCCAUGUUAAUGAAGGUGUUAAUGCAUUUGAUUACCAUCCUGAACUCAACUUAAUUGCUUCUGCAGCUGUAGAUCAUCAGAUCUACCUUUGGAACCCUUACAUGUCGAAACCCAGUGGAAUUUUACAAGGUCAUCUCGCUAGUGUAAUAGGAGUUCAGUUUAAUAUUGCACGAAGACAACUCUUCAGUUUUUCAAAGGACAAAGUAUUACGAAUAUGGGACAUGCAGAAUCAACUUUGUAUCCAGAGGCUUGCUGGAAUAUUUCCAAAAUGCCUGGAAUUCCAAACUAUUCUUUAUUUUAAUGAAACCACUGGCCAACUCUUUACCACUUUCAACAAUCAACUGACGUUGUUGGAGAUGAAGCAAGAGAAUAGUCAAUGCGUGAAAAGUCAUGAAAAGCCUGUUACUUGCGUGCUUUUUAAUUCUUUGUUCAAGCAGGUUAUCAGUUCAGACACUGGAUCUACUGUUACAGUCUGGAUGAUCGAAACUGGUCAAAAAGUAAAGCAAUUUACUGGGUGCCACGACAAUUCUGAGAUUACUACAAUGGCACUGGAUGCCUCUGAGACCAAAUUUUUCACUGCAAGUAUUGAUGGAACAGUGAAAAUUUGGGAUUUUAAUGGCCAUUGCCAUCAUAAGCUGAAUGCAGGAAGGGAUCAAGCAGCUGAUAUCUCCCAGAUCCUGAUAUUAAAAAGAAGUAUUCUGGUAUUAGGCUGGGAAAGAAUAAUAACUGUCUUCAGAAUGGAUACACUUACUGAAUUUUUCGUUCAGCCUUCAGAAUGGAAGGGGAAAUCCCAGCAUCAAAAUGAUAUCCUUUGUGCAGCAUUCUUACCACCUCAAACCCUUGUAACAGGCAGUUAUGAUGGUGAGAUUGUAGUAUGGAAUAAUAAUUCUGAAAAAACAUCAUCUAGAUUUCACCCAAGCUUGAUGAGAGCUUUGAAAUCUCAAUCAGUCAUUGCAGACAAUCAACUGCAUCAGCAGGAAGAACCUCAAGUUAUUGAUGAUUGUUCUGCAGUUACGACCAGACAUUCAUUAUUUAAUGCUGACAGUGAGGAUGAUGAAUUCAACUACAUUGUUUCAAGACUCUUCUUUCUCGAAGGCAGGAAGAAUGUUUCUAGUACGGGUGGUGCAAACCUUGUAGCCUGUGGUGGUUGUGGAAUUGUUCGCUUUUGGAAUACCUUUAAAAGCCUUCUACUGGCUGAGUUUGAGGCCCAUUCCAAUGUGGCAUCCAUUAUUAUGACAGUUGAUAAAAAAAGUGAUUAUCUUAUCACUGGAGAUGUGAAUGGCCUUAUUAAAGUUUGGAACAUACAGGAAUACUGCUUGUGUUCCAGUGACACUGUAAUUAGUGAGGUUCCACUAAUGGUGGCAGCAAUACAACCUCAUAAUGAUUGCAUCAAUCACCUUGAAACCUGUGUGCAGGAUGACCAUUUGCUAAUUCUUUCAGCAUCUGCUGACUGCAGUAUUGUUUUGAGUGACAUUACUGGAUCAGUGAUCGGUGUAUUUGGACAGGAUGAACAUUGGCGAAUUGGUGAAUGUUCACCUCCAUCUGUUACAAAGAUACCACUCAAAACCCUCAAAGAUGAGAAGACCAUGGAUCAGAAGCAUGUGAGAAGAGAAGAAUAUCUGGCAGUUUCAAAACACAGCAUCCCCAUUGCUGAGGAGAAAAUUGACCACGAGAGCAGAUCAAACGUAUGGAAAAGUACAGUUUUAGGCAAAGUAUUUCGAGAAAACAGAAUCCAAAAGAAACCUAGACCACGGUUGUCUGCUUGGGGCAAAGUGCGGAGCCCUAUUGGAACAUUUAGUUGCCUACAAAUGGAAGACUUGGAGAAGAUCACUGAUGUGCCAAAACCUAACUUUCUUCAGAAUCCACUAAAAGUAGCUUUUGAUGAGAAAAACCUAUUUCCUAAAGAAAUACUGGAUCGUGAGCACAAAGUGAAGCUUUUGGAUAAACAGAAUUUAAGUGGAAGUAAAGCUGCAGUAAAAAAAAAUACUUCAAAUGUGAAGUCUAGUUUUCAGAAAUGCCCAGAGACUGAAGAAGAAUUCUUCAGAAGUGACAUUCCUGGAAUUAGAGAAACUCAGAUAUCAGGAGUUGCAAGGGAAUCAGAAACACUAACUGCAAAAGUAACAUCGGUUUAUCAGGCCUGA